AAUCUGAAGUUGUUUUUGAUAUUCGAUGACGAAAAACGUGGAAAAAUCUUCAAAAUACUUCUGAAAAAUCAAGUGAUGCUCCCAUAACACUUUCUUGCAUAAAAUAUAAAUGUCUAACCACUGUUGUUGAUACAAACAAAGAAUGGAGUUCCUUCUCUAUCAGGUUAUGUAUGAUACAUGUGCUUUUUCUUCAGUUAGGGCGAUUUUACUAGUAGACUUCUCCUUGCCCUUUGAUAGCCUUUUCGAACUGUAGAUCACUGUAUACUAGUGGCAAAAUAGAGAAUAAAAGUCUGUAUAGAGCUUUUAAUAUUAAAAAAUUUUGCAAAAUUCCGAAUCCGAAUUCUUGUUGUUUGAAAAGAAAACAUUUUUACUAUAAACUUCGGUUUCGAGUUCUAACCAUGCAUUCCUCAAGUCUGUAUUGUGUAUAAUUUGUUUAACGGAUUUGUUUGCAUUUUUUUGUAUAGAUAGUGGAAAUAUUCGCUGAUCAAAAUGACAUGAUAGCUAAAUUAUCAAAAGAUCAAGUUAUUCGUGCAAAGUUGGAUGCAGAAACUUUAUCGAUAACUAUUUAUAAUAGUACAGAAAAGUCGCAUACAAAUGUCGAUGGAAGUUUUAUGUGGUCACAAUUAUACCUUGAGACAUUACUACGAAUGCCACAAAGACCAUUUGCAAAAGAUGAACUGGUUCAAAUUUGCAGACAACACUAUCAUGGAAAUGAAUCGGAGUUAAUAAAGCUUGAAAAUUUCCAUCAAACUUACACGCCGAACGAUGCAGUUAAAUGGUACACAAAAGAUUGUUUCAUCUAUCGAUCACUAAACAAAGCUUUACGAGUUCAAGACAUCGAUUUAUUGUUUGCAUUUGGAUUUAUGAUUCUCGACAUUUUCAAUCAGCUAAAACUUGAAAACAAUCGUUUCCAUUACACAACAGGAGAAACCAUUAUCCGUUGCUACCGUGGUCAAGCAAUAGCGAAAGAAGAAUUAAACCAAGUAAAAUCAAAUAUCGGCCACUUUAUAUCGAUGAAUUCAUUUUUAUCAACUACUCAAGAUCGGACUGUGGCGCUCAUAUUUGCUCCAACCUCGAAUGAAAUAUAUGAAAAAGUUCUGUUUGAAAUCCAAGUUGACAUGAAUCUAAUGCAAACGAUGCCGUUCGCCGAUGUGGCACAUUUGAGUUAUUUCGAUCAGGAAAAAGAAAUAUUGUUCAUGUGCGGAGCGAUAUUUCAGAUAAAAAAUGUUAUUAACAAUGAAACAGAAGGUUUGUGGAUAGUUCAAUUAGCUUUAUGUAGUGAAACGAGCAAUGAAUUAAAAGAUCUGUUUGAUUAUCAAAAACAAAGAAUGGCAGACACAACUGAUUUGAUUUCAAUUGGCAAAUUGUUAAGAGAAAUGGGCAAAUUUGAUAAAGCCAAAAGAUAUUAUCAACGAUUUCUUUGUGAGCUGUCAUCCAAUGAUCCAAACAUCUCGGUUUGUUACUACGGUCUAGGAGUUGUUCACGAUCGAGAAGACAAUUAUGAUGAGGCCUUGCAUUAUUUCAAAAAAGCUUUGGAUUUUCAGCUGACCGUCUUAUUCUUAAACGAUUCCGUAUUUAUAGGUAAAAUAUAUGGAAGUUCUGGCAUUGUUUAUUAUCAUAAGCACGAAUAUGAUUUAGCUUUAGAGCAUUUCGAAAAAUCCCUUAAUAUUCUCUUACGCACAAUCGGUCAAGAUCAUGGGGAUACGGCAUUGAUUUACACAAACAUUGGCAGAACUUAUCAAGCUCAGAAAAGUUACGAUUUAGCAUUGGAAAAUCAAUCAAAAGCAUUGGCUAUAAGACUUAAAGUAUUACCGCCUGACCAUCCUCGACUGGCUAGAUCCUAUCUAUUUAUUGGUGAUGUGUACGGCGACAAACAAGAAUUUCAAUUGUCGUUAAUCAACUACAAAAAAGCACUCAAGAUACAACAGAAAUCUCUCCCAGAAAAUUAUAUUGCUAUCGGGAUAACAUUUCAUCGUAUUGGUCGCAUGAGCACAAACGCACGUGAAUAUCAAUCAGCGUUGGAAAGUUACAUUCUAAAUUUCAUCCUUUCAAACUGA